GGUGAAAAUGAGAAGCGGUACGUAUUUGCAACUAACUUCACUCACCCGUAUGACGCAAAGAGAAACAUCAACAUUGCAAUGUGUACGAAUAACAUUAUUUCCGGGUUCUAAACUUAAUAAACCCUUGUUUUAAACAAUUCUCCGUGAUUUUAAAAUGUAAAUGUAAACGUUUAAAUAAUUAAAAAUGAUUUAGCUCUAACGUGUGCGUCGAUUCGUUCACCAUGUAAAAGAAGCUUUUUACAACUGUCGUUAAUAAAGAAGAACAAUGGUUGUUAAUCGCGGUGAAAUGAAACGUAAACGUAAAGAAGACGCUUGUAUAAACUUGCUGGAUCACAGCCCGAAAAGAACCAAAGUGCACGCUCAAAGAAAGUUUGCACAAGGUUCAAAUGUUAGUAGUCCUGUAAUUACACCGAUUAAAGAAAUUGAAACUCAAGAGCGUAAAGAUGUUCUUCCUGAACCAAUUGAACUGUUACCUAUGAAAAGACCUAAUACGGAAGAUUUUUUAACAUUCCUUUGCUUUCGAGGUACUCCAAUUUUACCACCAAAUUUAAAUUUCUUUAAUAACGCAAACACAGUUCAUUCACAAUCUCCUGAAGACAAAAAAGAAGCAAAGAAUGGUCCAAUAAUGACAGCACCAAUUGGUAAAAGUCCAAAUGAACGACCUUUCAUUGCUUUUGGAGUACGCAAACGAGCAGAUCCCAUUGUUAUCAGUAAACAAAUGGAUAAAAAGCGACGUCAUGCUUUAGCAUUACAAGCUUUACGUCGAAAAUAUCAAGAACAAAAAAUGGCAAAGAUUCGAGCAAUUGCUAUAAGUAAAAUUUCUGAAAAAGUUUCUACUAAAAAUGUCGUCCGUACUCGAUCAAUAAGUAAAACUGAAACGAAUACAAACACAAAGAAGAAUGUUUGUCAUAAAACAAAGGUUAAAGUUGUUGCUACUAAAAGAAUUGCGAGGCGAACCUUAAAACAACCAAUAAGACCUAAUAUUACUCCUAAUAUAAACUCUAAAAUGUGUUUGAGAAGUUUUAGAGGACGAUAUAUUCAUAGAGAAUUAAGAACUUCCAAGACAAAACCAAAAGAUAAAAAAAUUAUUCAAAAUCUUAAUGCUAAAAGAAAAAUAAAAAAAAUUGAGAGUGAAGAUGAUGAAAGUGAAAGUGAUGUAAAAGAGAGUGAAGAAAAACAAGAAUCAGAAGAGACUUCAUCAUCUUCUGAGUUUUCAUCUGAUGAUAAUGAACCUUUGGUAAAAAAAGCAAAAGUAAAAAAGAUGGUAACACAAACAAAAAAACAAGAUACAGAGAAUAUAAGGUUAACCAGAUCUCAAAGACUUUUGGGAAAUCCAAGAAAACAUCCUUUUCAAACUGUCAUAACAAGAUUAAGUACUAUUAGAGCAACAACAAGAUUAGCAAAUAAAAUCAUUCAAAAAACAGGGGUUAUAAGAAAUACUCGGCGAAUAGAAACAAUAAAGAAAAACACGAUUAAAAAAGAUGUAAUUAUAAAACGACCAACGAGAGGAGCAACUGAUAAAAAAUUAGAAACAGAUACAAGCGAUAUAAAAACACGUAGUAGAACACACGAAAAUGAAACUACAGAUAAAAAUAAAGUAUCGAAAACUGUUGAGACUAAGAAAAAAAUUGUCGAAACUAAAAAAUCGGAAAUAAAGAAAAUUAAAAACGAUGACGCCCCUUAUCAUAAUACGAAGCGGCAAAUACAAAAACGAAGAAUUGUUCCAAUGGCGAAAGCGACGGUUACUUAUAAAAUUAAAAAACCGGGUUUAGAAAAAAGUAAUGUUGAUGUAAAAACUAAAGCUACUGUUACUAAAAAAAGUGAUGAUAAAAAAACUGUAAUUGUUAAAGAUAAAGCAAAGGAAAAGGACUGCAAAGAAAAGGUUGAAAUAAAAAAAGAAAAAAAAUUAGAUCAAUCUCAAUCCUCUGAUGAUCAAAAAGCGGGACCGUCGCGUCCUAGCAGAAAAACUAAAGAAGCGGCUGCUUUGUAUAUGGAGUUAUUAGGACAAAAAUUGGUUAAUGAUAUGGAAAUGGAUGAUGAUAUUUCUAUUGAUAGUUUUCCUGAGUUACCUAAUGUUAAGAAGACUGAACAAAGAGAAAAUGAAUUGAAAGCAAAGGUAAAAAUUAAAGAUGUUGAAACUAAAUCAAAAAACGAUCCAAAAAGUCUAGAAACUGAUUCUAAAAAGUCUAAUUUGAUCAAGAAACAAGUUAAAGUUGAGAUAAAGGAUGAAUAUAAUUUAAAAAAUAAAUUAAUUGAUGAAAAAGUUGAUGAUAAAAAAGAUAAAGAAUCUAAGAAGUCGAUUCAGGAUAAGAAAUCAAGUAGUAAUUCAAGUGUUGAAAACGAAGCAAAAAAGCAAACGCUUCCUACUGUUUCUGAUGAUAAAACAAGUAAUAAAGAUAUAGAUAAAGAUAAAAAAGAAUCACCACCUAAAACAACUGUUAAAGAAACGAAAAUAAAUCAAUCAAAAAACUUAAAAGAAACAAACACAAAAAUUAUUAAAGAAUCAGAAAUCGAUAGUUUAAGUGAAUCUGAUACAUCAUCAAAAAAUAUCAAAACGAAAUCUAAAAAGAUAAAAAAUCUCAAAAAGAAACCAAAAUGCGAUCAAAGUAUGAGUUUUAGCGAUUCUGAUGAAGAACCUCUAUCCAAUUUAACGAAACCUAAAGAUUUAAAAGAUAAAAAUAAAGAGCAUACACCAGAAAAAAAAUUUGAACCAAAAACAGAAAAUUUUUACAAAAAUAAACCAAAACGUGAAUGUACUAAAAGACCACAAAAUUAUCUCGCGCUUUACUCGUCAUCUGAUGAAGAAAAAUACUUUCACGGUUUCAUAAAAACGGAAACAAUCAAACCGGAAGUAAAGGUGGAAUUGGAUAAAUGUACUCAUUCGAUUCCAUCCUCAGAUUUAUUGUGUAAAGACGUUAGUCGUCGUUUCGGAAAAGGUAAAGUAAAUAUGUCCACCGAACAAAUCGAAAAGUGGUUAAACGAUAGCGCUUUAGCGGGAAUGAUCAUCAAAAAAGAGGAGGAAGAAAUUAAAUUCGAUGAAAAAGUCGAUCUUCCCACCGCGAUUGUUGAAAAACCAAAAAUCGAUAUCGCCAUAAAAACGACACCCGAAAGUGUUAAGACCAUCGAAGGUCGCGAGAGAUUAUCGAGCACUUCGAAUCAAUCGCAAGAAAUAACACCUCCCGCUCAAUUAAUGCGAAUACCAUCCAAUGAAAAGAAAAUGAUUUUUAAAAAAUUAACGGAAACUGUUAAAAAUAUUAAUGCCUUUUCCGUUAGUAAUGAGAGUAGCGUUUAUGCUUUUGAAGCUGAGGAAGAUUCGUCAAUAAGUACACCUUUUCGAAGACCAUCUAGGAGACCUUCUAGUACAGCUACGUCUAAGUCGGAAGAUGAUGUUACUAAACUUGAAGAUGCUAAUAAAAUGACAGGACGAUUUAGACUUCCUGCUUUAUUAAAAACGGACCAAAAACUACUGAAACAGGAUAUAACGGCGUCUUUAUCGGCGGAAGAAUCAAAUAGCGUAGGUUUUGUACCUCAAAUUAUAGAGCCGUUUACUGAUAAUUCAAAUUCUGAGUGUCAAAUGGAUACGGAUGAUAACGACCACAGUUUUUAUACGCCUCAACAAAUAACAAAAUCUUUAAAUAAUUCGAAAGGAGCUCCAAAAGCUAAACCAAUCAGUGGACAGAUUCAAAAAAAGAAUAUGUGUCCUCCAAUAAAUACUUUGCAAAAGACGAAAUCUGAAAAACUUUAUGUUAAGCAAGUUCAAGCGGGGAAAAGUUGCGAUCGAAGUUCUGAAACGUCUGAAGAUUUUAAAUAUAAAAUUCCGAGCUCGCCCAGCGCGAGUUCAUCGUCUAGCGCGAAAUUAUAUAAAAGACCAACGCCGAAAAGUCGAAGUAAGAUUUUUGAAUUUUCUCCUCCAGUUAACGCGACGGAAUUUCCGGGUAUUCAAGCACCCGCUCAAAUGGUUGAGGCUCCUGUUUAUCAUCCGAGCGAAAAAGAAUUUCAAGAUCCUUUAGAAUACAUCGAAAAAAUUCGACCAACAGCCGAAAAAUUUGGUAUUUGUCGAAUUGUACCGCCUGCUAAUUUUAAACCAGAAUGUAAAGUCUCUGAUGAUAUGAGAUUUACUGCUUAUAAUCAAUAUGUUAAUAAGAUGUUACAUAGAUGGGGACCAAAUUUUAAAGAGUUAAUGGCUAUUAAAAAAUAUUUACAAACUCAAAAUAUCAGUCUUACACAUCCACCUUGGAUUGGUGGAAUGGAGAUUGAUUUACCAAGAUUAUAUCAAACAGUUCAAACCUUAGGGGGAUUAAAAGAAGUAAUUGAGAAGAAAAGAUGGCCCAGAGUAUCAGAAGCAAUGAAAAUACCAAAAUCAGCUCAAGAUCGUGUUACAAAAUUAGAUGAUAUUUAUUGUAAAUAUCUCCUUCCAUAUGAUACUUUAUCUCCAGCUGAACGUGAAAAAUUAUUUGAUGAAGUGGAAACUGAAUGGGCGAAAAGGGAGUCAAAAGCUUUGUCAUCAAUCCAACAAACUGAAGACACUAAUAAAGCUUCAACAGAAAGUUCUGAGUCUGAAUCAGAAACGGACGAUGAAGCUGAUGAGUGUAUUGUAAAAGGAAGAAAUAUGGCUUUAAACGCUUUUUAUAGAAUUGCUAGGAAUACCAUGAGUAUGUGGUUUAAAACUAUGGAACCUCCAGCACAAGAGGUCGAGCAAGAAUUUUGGAAACAUGUCGCUCAAAAACAAAAUCAUAUUUGUGUGCAUUCUGGCUCCAUUGAUUCUGGGAGCUGGGGCUAUGGAUUUGCUGUUACCAAAAAUAGUCCCUUUGCGCGACAUGCUUGGAAUUUAAAAGUACUUACUAAUAAUAGUGGAUCAGUUUUGAAGUAUAUGGGACCUAUAAUGGGUGUAACAGUUCCAACUUUACAUGUUGGUAUGGUAUUUAGCGGUUGUUGUUGGUAUAGAGACCCUCACAGUUUACCAUGGAUAGAAUAUCUUCACACUGGAGCCAACAAAAUCUGGUACGGAAUUCCAGAUAGUAUGAGCGAAAAAUUCCACCAAACAAUCCUAAAAAUUUCACCAAAUUACUGUAGAAAUAAAUCAAUUUGGUUACCCUCAGACACCGUAAUGAUUCCACCAAAUUUACUCGUCGAAAAUGGUGUUUCCUUAUGUAGAACCGUUCAAGAACCAGGUCACUUCAUCGUUGUUUUUCCAAAAGUGUUCACUUCGAGUCUUUGUACGGGUUACGUCGUCUCGGAGAGUGUUUAUUUUGCUCCUUCGUGUUGGUUGGAUACUGCUCAAGUAGUUUUUGAGGAACUUCGACAAAAUUGCGAACCAUCAAUGUUUUCUUUGGAGAGAUUGAUAUUGAGUAUUACAAUGGACCAGAGGUCGAGCAUUGAAAUUCUACGCCAAAUUACUCCUGAUGUGCAGAAGAUUUGUGAAAGAGAAAAAACUUUGAGGGGGAAAUUAAGAGAAAUGGGGUUGGUUUCAAUUGAAAAGUUACCAAUUCCCGAAUCAUCUAAUGCUAGGAAAAGAAAAAAGCUGCAAUCUGAUGCUGGUGAUUAUGAAUGUGAGAUUUGUAGAACUAAUUUAUUUAUAUCUUUGGUAUCUGAUUCUCAAGAAGAUGUAGUGUAUUGCUUAGAACACGCUAUUGAGAGUGUAGAAGAGAAACGAAUGGAAAUAAAGAAUUGUAAAUUAAUGUUUACAUAUAGUUACGAAGAAUUAGAAGGUUUAGUUGAUAAAAUAAAUAAAGCGAUUGAGGCGAAGUUACAAAAAAAACUCUUGGGAAAAUCUAUAUCGAUGGUUGUUUCUAAUAAGUGAUAACUUAAAACAAAUAGUUAGAUGUUAACUUUUUCAAUGUUUAUCUGUUCGUCAAAUUUGUCUGUUUGGUUGUGAAUAGAAACAACUUUUUUAACAAAGUUGUAUCAUUUCGCAAUAAAAUUUGAAGAAAACAAGUA